UGUUUUGUCAUGGAAAGCAACAUCAACAUUUUUUACCUUUUUAAAAAUUACUUUUCAUAAUUUUAUUCUAGUUUUUGCUCGUUACUAUGGUAACACAAACUUUGUGAUAGUAUUUCCAAUAUUAUGAGAUAUUAAACAUAAUUUUUUGUUUAUUUUGAGUUGAAAAUCAGUCUAGUUGGAAGCUUUCUGAAUUUUUUCAAAACAUAAAUUCAAAUUUUCAAAGCAAGUAUUAGAACUUCCACUUUGUAAAAAUCCAAAAGAUUAUGUACAAUUUUUCAAAUGAUGAUGAUAAAAGAAUCACAAAUACAACCACACAACAGAAAAAAUGUACACCUUGUUCAUCAAGAAAUGAUAAUCAAUCAAACUCCAACAAAACUUCCUUCACUAAUAUAGAGGCUAGAAGACCUCAAGAUCAUCCUAACAUGAAUUUAUCUCAACCAAGUUUCAAUUUGAAUCCGUUAAAAGCCUCUAUCAAUCCAGAGGCUAUAAGGAGACCUUCAAAUACAACAACACAAGUCAGAAACCCAUCAAAUUUAAUUCCAAAUAUGAGAAAUAACUGUACUGAUCUAGAUAAAAUGAGAUUUGGAAAUUUGAGCCGACAAUCUGUAUCCAAGACAUGUGCACCUACCUCUUUUAAAAGUGAUAGUUUUCCACCACAAACUCAAGUGAUGGAAAACUCAACACCACUAGCUCAAGAAGGAAAAACCAGUUUUCCAGAAAAUAUUAGUCCUUUUCAAGGGGGAAACAGCAGGGGUUCAACAAAUUUAGCUUCUUUUGAAAAUAAUAUGAAUCUCACAUCUUCAACAAACCUGGGAAAGAAUAGUACUUUAAAUCCAGUUUCACAUGAAGAGAAAACUAGUUUUCUGGAAAAUAUUCGCCCCUUUCAAGGGAACCUAGAGAUUAAAAAUAGUGGUUCAUCGAAUUUAGUUUCUUAUGGGAAUAGUAUGAAUCCUUUAUCCAUAAAGAUGGGAAGGAACAGUACAUCAAAUCCAGUUUGUGAUAGAAAUAAUAUGAAUUCCACAUCAAUAAACAUGGGAAGAACCAGUACAUCAAUCCCAGUUUGUGAAGAAAACAGUACUAUAAAUCCCAGUUUAACAUCGAAUAACAUGGGAUUUAAUGGUAACAAAAAUCCCACAGUAACAUUUAAAUGUCCCGAUUUCGAUGAACUGAUACAUGCAUUCUCAUCAAGCAACCAAGAAAUUAAUAAAUCAGGAAAAAUGCAGAAUAAUCGCGGAAAAACAGCUUUCCAAAUUAAAAAAUUGAAAGAGUCUGAUUUUGACGAAUUGAUGAGAACACUGGCUGAGGAUAAUUAUUUUAGCGAUACUUGUAGUGAGAGCUCUAACUAUUUAUACAGUGAAACGGUGAAGGAAGAAAUGAAGAAAUUGGAUAAAUUGGAAUUGGAAUUUUCUGGAAGUUAUAAUCAAGAAACUACAAAGGUUCCUGAAUAUGAUAGAGGAUUGGAUAAUCGAGGAGAGGUAACAAAUGUCUCUCAAUAUAAUAGAGGAUUGAAUGAUAACACAUUCUUAGUUGAUGAUACUAAAUUGAAUAAAAUAUCGGUAACAAAGGUUCCUGGAUAUGAUGCAGAAUCGAAUAAGUCGUUUUCAGUUAAUAAUAAUAGUAAAGUUGAAGGCAAAAUUACAAAUAAUUCUUUGAACGGAGCGGGGAAAGCUGGUAAAUUAAGUGGAGAUUGUUGCAGAAAUUCUGCUCAAAAUGUGUUAUCAAGGAGUCAAAUUAAUGGAGUUACAGGGGUGAAUUUAACACCAAUGAGUCAAACUGGAAUCAUAAUGAGUCAAAAUAGAGUUACAGGGUAUCAAGAUGAAGUAACAAGGAGUCAAAAUGGAGAUAAGGGGAGUCUGAAUGUAGCACCAAUGGGUCAAACUGGAGUCAUAAUGAGUCAAAAUAGAGUUACAGGGAGUAGAAAUGAAGUAGCAAGGAGUCAAAAUGGAGUUACGGGGAGUCUUAAUGUAUCACCAAUGAGUCAAACUGGAGCUUUCUAUACAAGAAGUCAAACUGGAAAUACAUGGAGUCAAAGUGAAGUAACAAGGAGUCAAAAUGGAGUUACAGGGAGUCUGAAUGUAGCACCAAUGAGUCUAACUGGAGCUUUCGAUACAAGGAGUCAAACUGGAAAUACAAGGAGUCAAAGUGAAGUAACAGGGAGUCAAAAUGGAGUGACGGGAAGUCAAACUGGAGCUUUCGACACAAGGAGUCAAACUAGAAAUACAAGGAGUCAAAGUGAAGUCACAAGGAAUCAAAAUGGAGUCACAAGGGGUCAAAACGGAGUAGAAAUAAGUCAGAAUGUGCCUCCCAGAAGUAAAGAUUAUGAUGAAUUGAUCCAAGCUUUUACAAAUGAAAUCAAUGGUUAUAAUAAUCAAGGAGCCGCUAAAUUUAGCAAAAGUAAAUCUCAAUUUGAUGAAAAAGGUGGUAAAUUGAGAGGGAGUUGUUGUAAAAUCUCGAACGAACCAAAAACAUUAAGUGGUUAUGAUAAAUUGAUAGAGAUUUUCUCUAGUAGGACUGUAAGUGAUAAUAAAUUGAAUGAAAAAGUCCCGUAUCAAGCACCCAAUAGAGUCCAGAGUAGUAAAACUGUUUUAAACCCAGAAAAUUUGUGCAUUCCUGAGAGAUCAGAUGUGAUGAAAUCGUUGAAAGCACAGCAGAAUAAUGUUGAGAGUAAAGUGAUUGUAGACCAAGAAAGUGAAGGAAGUUACUUGUCAACAUCUACAACGCAAAAUUCUGAAAAGAGUUUUGAUUGUGGCAUGAAUGAGCUUUUGCGAACAUUCAGUGGAGAAUGCAACAGUGACUUCAAUAACAUGACAAUAGACGACCCUCGAUGUCAGAAAUGUCCUUCUAGGAAGUCUCUCAAAUCUCUCAGAGAGAAUAGAAAAGAGACAGAAAAAUGUGAAAAUGUGGAGGAGAAUGAAGAAAUAAAAUCAGAUAAUUUACCCAGAACUAAAUCUGAGCAUGUUAUGGUAUUGCUCAAUCAGUUGGCUCCCACACCUCUCAAAUUGAUACCAAUCAAGAAAAAGGUAAACAAGGAAGAAUUACCAUUGAUGAGUGAGACGAUAAAGUGUGCACUAAAACAAAUAAAAGAAGUGGAUAAAAAAGCUGGUGAUCUAUUUCUAAGUCUCAUUGGUAAAGAAAGGCAGUGUACGAACAUAAGGAAACAGAAACGAUUGCAAAAUUCUUUGCGAAGGAGGUCUACAGAAAGAAAUGUGACUUGUCAAAAUCAAAGGGAAAAAUGCAGACAAGAAAUUUUAAAUCCAAACAUUCAAAGAAGUAUUAUGAAUUCUCAAAGAUACAGACAAGAAAUUCUAAAUCCAAACAUUCAAAGAAGUAUUAUGAAUUCUCAAAGAUUUUUACAGAGAAGAGCUGCAAAAAAGUAUUCUUGCAAGAAGGAUUUACCUAUAGAUUGUUGAUGAUAUUUUUUCCACAAAACUAUAUUAAAAUCUUCACAAAUAAUAAAU